AUGGCUGAACCAGCCAAGCAGGAGCCUCCCGCUCCUUCUCUGGAGGAUCAGACCCUCAUCGUCUUUGCGCGCUUGAUGGAAGGCGGCCAGGAGGACAAUGAGACGUGCCGUGACCUCGACGAGCUAACCAAGCUCCUCAACGACGACUAUGAGACCCGCCAGAAGGACAAGUCCCACGAGACUAUCUGCAAGGUCAUCGACGGCGACUGCGUUGACACGGUUUUGUGCUAUCUCGAUAUGCGACAGCCUGAGAUAGUCCGUGGGCACGCCACUCUUUCAACGUCGGCCUACCUCAAGGCUGCCGGCGACGACGGCUCCAAGAAGCUAUCGACCUUUUUCUUUGACCGUGUCCGGAGAGGCACUUACGACGACUACAUUGUCGCCUUUUGCGUCGCAGCCGCCACUUUCCCCAUCGUCCCGGAUCUCACCGCAGAGCUCUUCCUCAACGAAGACUUCCUCCCCAGCCUGGGAACCCUGAUGCGACGCAAGUGGAAGAGCCGCAAGGUCGAGACGGCCUGUUUGGAGAUGCUCAACGCCGCUUGCAUGAACUCGCUCUGCCGCGAGGCCAUCAACAAGUACUGCAUCGAGUGGCUCGAGGAGAUUGUCGACCAGGACCUCAGCGAGAUCGUCCGCAGCACCAACGCCGACCCAAACCUCCAGAGCGACGGUGGCUCCAUCACCAUGAGGCGGCACUCGGAGCAGGUCCAGUACCUGGCCGCCGUCAUCCUGGCCAAGCUGAGGGCAGUUCCCGCGAAGCCCGCCCCCGGCGAGGCUAGCCAGUCGAGGAUUGAGCCAGCCGUCACUAGUAUUGAGGACCUCUCUGGCAUGUUCACCAAGAUGAUCCUGCGGGAUGAAGAUCACGGAAGAAAGCAUUCCAUCGAAGGUCUGGCCUAUGCAUCUCUUCAACCCAAGGUGAAGGAGUCGAUUGUGAGCAACCCUGAGCUACUUCAGAAGCUCGUCAAGACUCUCAGUGAGGCACAGCCGCGUUCUCCGACCACCUACGGAGCCCUGAGCAUCUUUGUCAACCUCACAAAGUACCUCCCUAACCUCACCGAGGAGGAGAAGAAGAUGAACCAGCUCAAGGCGUACGCCAACGCCGCUGGGAAACUCGGCGGACCGGACCCCCUGAACGACGACGAGCAUGUUGCGAAGAGGUGUAAGCUGGUGUUCGAUGCCGGCAUCACGCCUGUGCUCGUCACUCACAGCAAGAAUGGCUCGCCAGCGUCUCUAUCGCUGGUCAUCUCUAUCAUUUUUGCAUUGUCCGUCACCAAGACUCUUCGCGGCCAGCUCGCCCAGCAGGGUGCCGUCAAGCUCCUGCUCACAGCAUGGAUGACGCUUCCCCAGACUGAGGCACCAGCCCGCCGUCUCGCCGCGCAGGCCCUUGCCCGGAUUCUCAUCAGCACAAACCCUGCCCUCGUCUUUGGCGGCAACCGAUCAAACCCCAUCAGCGCCGCGAUUCGGCCCCUCGUGUCUAUCGUCCCUCCUGACCCGGCUGCCGAGACGCGAGACCUUCUCCCCUCCUUUGAGGCUCUCAUGGCACUGACUAACCUAGCCUCUAUGGACGAUGAAGAUACGCGGCGCAGCAUCAUUGCGACCGCCUGGUUCCAGAUUGAGGAGCAGAUGCUCUCAUCCAACGCCCUCGUCUCCAAGGCAGCUGUCGAGCUCGUCUGCAACCUCGUUCAGGCACCUGAAGCCAUCGCCCUGUACGCCGAGGAGACCGUCAAGGCUCGAAACCGCCUUCACAUCCUCCUCGCCCUCGCAGAUGCCGAAGACGCUGGAACCCGUAGUGCGGCUGGCGGCGCCCUGGCCUCGCUCACAUCCUUCGAAGGGGUCAUCCGCGGCAUCAUCAACAGAGAGCGCGGCAUCAAGGUCGUCCUGUCCAUGUGCGUCGACGACGACGAGAACAUCCGGCACCGCGGGGUGUUUGUGGUCCUUAACCUGGUGACGGCCGAGGGCGAGGUCGGUGAGCUGGCGCGGCAAAAGAUCAAGGAUGAGGACGGUGUUGAGGUUCUCAAGGAGUGUCUUAAGAAGAGCCGGAGGCCCGAGGUUCUCGAGGUGACGGUGCAGGCCCUCAAGGCUCUGCUGGGGGACAAGUCAUGA